UUCAAUGUAUUUGGUCAUCGUCUUCCCAGUGUGGUACAGCUGCAGACAAACCAUCAAGACCUCUGUGGUGAUCUGUGUCAUGGCCUGGGCCCUUUCUGCUCUCUAUCCUAUCACUGUAUUUUUCAGUAGUAUUGAUGUUGUGCAAACCAUCGACAUUGUCUUUUUCUUCCUUCCACUCCCACUGCUCAUAUUCUUCCUGGUUGGGACCCUCAAAGCCCUUUCUGCUAUCAUCUCGGUCCCAGCUGACGAAAAACGACGAAUUGUAGGAACUUUGGUCCUGGUGCUGCUAAUUUACACGCUGCUGUUCCUGCCCUACACCAUUUUGACAGUGCUUAACAGGUUAAAAAUAGACAACUCACAUAUUGAAACUCUUUGGGGCCUGUCUAUUGGGUUUCUCAGGUUGAGUCCUCUUGCAGACUUAGUUCUGUAUAUUUUCAUGAAGAAAGGGGCCGUAGACAAGCUUUUGGCCUCUGUGUGUUGUUGCAGAAUGGAAAGCAAUGAUGUCAUCAGUAUACCAGUAUGAAUCAUGACGACAUGUCCACAGUCGGCUUCAUGUAGGCUGAGAAAGGAGAGAAAGAGGAGAAAACACAAGGAGAAAUACAGAAAAAUAGACAGAUUCUGUCACCUAGUGAUAUGAUUUCCAAUAAAACACCUAACUGCAGA